AUGUCUUGGACAUCAGCACAAUUACUCGAAGCAUUCUUAACGACAACAUCAGAUCAAAUAAUCCCAUUGACUGCAAAAGGAGUUUCAUCAGGAUGUAAAGUCUUUGGUGCUGCUAUAUUUCGUAAAUCAGAUUUAACAGUUGUCAACUUUGCUACUAAUGAUGAAACUUCAAGUCCACUUUUGCAUGGAGAAAUAAAUUGUAUUCAGCAAUUUUACGCUUUACCAAAAGAUCAAAGACCAUCUACUAAAGAUUGUAUAUUUUUCUCAACACAUGAACCUUGCUCUUUAUGUUUAUCGGGUAUAACCUGGUCUGGAUUCGAUAAUAUCAAUUUCUUGUUCACAUAUGAAGACACAAAAGACACGUUCAAUAUUCCACAUGAUAUCAAGAUUCUAGAAGAGGUGUUCAAGGUCCCCUCUGUAAAUAUCAGCGAAUCCUCCGCUGAGCUGUCAGAGAGACCAUUAUACAACAAAUCGAAUUCAUUCUGGAAAGCCAAAUCCGUUUCUGAAUUAGUCAAUGAUUUAUCAGGCCAAGAGCAGAUAGACAUGCAGCAAAAAGUACAAGAGAUAAAACAAAAAUAUAACGAUCUAUCCAGUGUUUAUCAAGACAGCAAGGAAGACAGUGAUAUACCACUUUCAUAG